AUGACCCGUCAAGCCUCUCACGCCGACGCCGACAUUGCGUCCUUUACGCGCAGCAACCCGCCCCCUCCCUACCCCGGAGAAGGCUACGACCUCACCCCUACCCCACAGAGCGUCAACCGUCCGCGCCUUCCCGAGGAGCGCCGUAACGUCAACCUCCACAGACUCCCCGACGACGCGACUAUUGUCAAGUUCCAGACCAUUGUCCGCGAGGACAAGGAGAUUAUCAUCGGCCGUAUCAAGGUCCAGACGCCGGCCGCUACGGGUACCGCACACGCCUUUAUCCUACGUCGUUACGACACGGAUGCGGUGUCGCUCACCACCAUGUUCAAGGUUGCCUUCCCGGCCUCGACUGAUGAGGAAGAGAAGCGCGAGAUGGACUGGGUUCGCUCAUCAUACGACACUACCGGAACCAACGGAUCUCGCGAUUGUGACACUGUGCGCCUCGCUGGCCAGUGGGUGAGCCGUCACCUCGCCAUCCACCUGGCCCCGGCGUACAACCUCUCGGAGCUCGUCAUGGCCCUCUGCAAGGCCGCGCCCGACCCGAAUGUCUCGUACCGCAAGUCUCAGCGCUCGCAGGCGGCUGCCGACGAGAUUGCCCGCACGCGGCCGUCUCUUACGCCAGCUGCUGCGUCGUCAUCUACGCGGCCUGCGCCAAGCAUGACUGCCAACGACGUUGAGGUGCCCACGGCCAAGCGCCGCCGUGCCACCUCCGCUCAGGGUACGGACGAGCAGCGCCGCCUCACCCUCGAGGCCACCACCACUGUUACUGCGCCGAUAGGCUCGGUAGUGGACGUCAAUGCCGAGAUUGAAUCUGCCAAGCAGCUCGUGCGUGACCUCAAGCGCGAGCUCCAGCUCCGUUCUGCGGCGGGCAACGAGCUGGAGGAGACGGGUGGCGCCGACGCCGAGAACUCGACGCGUGGCCGCAAGCGUUCGGCCAACUCUGACGGCGCGGCCGUCUCGGGAGGAGCGCCAUCGGGCACCAAGCGCGAGAUUCGCACGAACAAGCGUGUUGAGGAGAAGAACGGUGUUGUCGAGACGACGAAGCGCGUGGCCUUUGGUGCCAUGCUCUUCGGUCUCGGCGCCAGCGCCGCGCUCCUUCUUCCUCAGCUCGCUGCUCAGUACCUGUAG